GGGCUUCACACCCAGUGCGAGAACUAGGAAGUGGAAGUGUACACAUGGAGGGUGUGUCUUUUCCUACCUCUAAUUCUUUUAUUUGAAAAAAAAAGUCCUCUGUGGAUGGAUAAAUAAUGGGGGACUCUGCGAAGGAUAAACGACGGGAACAGCUGAAGCGCUGGGCCGGUUCCUGCACGGACAAGGAGCCCGCGGUGCCCCGGAGGAGGUGGCGGGGGAACGUCGACCCAGAGGCCGUAAACAACGACCAGCCGAGGGACCCAUCCCGCGAUGGAGAUGGAGAUGAUGGAAAUUGCACGACCAAAGGGGAGAUCCUCGACCAAGGAACCGGUCCUCUACUUAAACGAAGGGGUCGGGUGAGGUUCGACCGGGCGGCGGAGUUCCUGGCGGCGUGUGCAAGCGGGGACACGGACGAGGCCCGGGAGAUGCUGAAGGAGGCCGGGGAGACGACCGGCAAGGACGCGGAAGACCUAGCGGCCAUCAUCAACUGCUCCAACGCAGACGGCAUCACCGCGCUCCAUCAGGCUUGUAUCGACGGCAGUAUGGAGAUGGUGUCGUUCCUGCUGGCCCAAGGCGCACACGUGGACCAGGUGGACAGCGAGGGCUGGACCCCGCUGCACGUCGCCGCGUCCGGGGAGCACAUAGAGAUAACCGAUUUUCUCUUGCAGAGAGGCGCGUCUUUGUCUGCUGUCAACUGUGACGGGGACGUCCCUCUGGACAUCGCCGUGGACGAGGCGACCGAGUCCCUCCUCCAGGAACACACUCGCAGUCAGGGCGUGGACCUGGAGGCGGCCAAGCGGCUGGAGGAGGAGCAGAUCAUGCUGGACGCCCGCAGCUGGCUGACGGAGGGGCUGCCCCGGGACACCCGCCACCCCCGCACCGGGGCCACGCCCCUCCACGUGGCCGCCGCCAAGGGCUACCUGGAGGCCAUCAAGCUGCUGUGCCAGUGCGGUCUGGACGUGUCGGCCAUCGACUGCGACGGCUGGACGCCGCUCCACGCGGCGGCGCACUGGGGCCAGGCCGAGGCCUGCUGCAUCCUGGCCGAGCAACUCUGCAACAUGGACGCCCAUAGCAACGGGGGCCAGACGCCGUUCGACGUGGCGGACGAGAGCGUGGAGGCCCUCCUGACGGAGCUGUCCCAGAAACAGGCCAACUGGCGCAGUGAGCGGUCGCUCCUGGAGAGACAGAACCCACCGGGAACGAACCCGGUCAACGCCAACAACAAACGCCGCAGGAGCUCCGUGUGCCGAAUGAGCAGCAAGGACAAGAUCAUAGUAGCCGACCAGUCCAAGGAGAGGGGCAUCUCCGGGGGUCACGAACUCAGCGAGGAGCGCGAAAGCAGCCCCGAGAGCUCCCCUGUGCCCACUCCGGACAGCGAGAGCGUCACAGAGUCCACGGUCAGCCCUGGAGAUAGGAGCGUGGAGGACAAGGAGGACGAGGAGGACGACAAGGCCCUCCGCACGGCCCGGGUGGCCCCCACCUCCCAGUGGCGUGACGGCGGCGGCGGCGGCGGCGGUGGCGGCGGCGGCGGCGGUGCCGACAACAGCCCCUCCACUCUGAGCGCCGACCGGCGCAAGUUCCAGGCGCCGGUCCGGGACGAGGAGUCCGAGUCCCAGAGGAAGGCGCGCUCGCGCCUCAUGCGGCAGUCGCGACGCUCCACGCAGGGAGUGACGCUCACCGACCUGAAGGAGGCCGAGAAGAGCUCGGGCAAGGCCCCCGAUGCCCCCCCCCCCUCCGCCCGCAGCGUGCUCCCCGUCAGCCCCAUCGUCACCCUCACCCCCGCAGAGAGAGACACGGACCCACCGAGGGACGUGGAGGGCGAGUCCCGGCUGGGGGUCAAGGACAAGCGGAGAACCAGGAGGGAGAGGCGCUCCACCGGGAUCGGGCGUCUGGGUCUGGAGGACGAAGAGGAUGAUGACGCAAGCACAGCCAGGACAGAUGAGACACACAGCAACAGCACCUCCAGUGAUCCUCAACCAGACAACUCUUCACUGGACUACAAACUGCUUUACCGGGGGGUACUGCGGGAGAACGUCACGCUGAAAGACAAGCUGCAGGAGACGGAGCUGCUGCUGAGCCAGAACAAAGUGGAGCUGGAGAGACUGCGACAGAGCCAAGAGAGCAGCAUGCUGCGACCCGCGCUGCUGGAGCUCGAGCGCUUCGAGAAGUUGGCACUUCAGAGGAAAGCAGUGGAGUUGGAAGAUGAGCUCAAGGUGCUGGUGGACCUCCGGUCGGACAACCAGCGGCUGAAGGACGAGAACGCCGCUCUCAUCCGGGUCAUCAGCAAGCUCUCCAAAUGAGGCUCGGCAGAACCGGGCGGAACCCGGCGGCCAACAGGAAAAACAAAAAGUGUUAACCGGCCUCUCCCCCGCGCCCCCCCCCCCCGCGCCCGUCUCACGCGCCCGUCUCACGCGUCACAGGGCAGAGGGACGGGGUCCGGGGGGCGUCCGGCGGCGCGUGACGUUAGACGUAGAGAGCGGGCGAUCCUCGCGGGGCGGCCCGUCGACGCUAUACUUUCAGUGUUUGGUUGGUUUGUGUUGCCUGUGGCUGGGACUGUUUUGGCAUAUCUACUGUACGACGAGCUGAGCGCCGCCUCCUCGCCUGCGACCCGGCAGAGCGCUGACCAGUGGUUCUGCUUCAAGUCCACCGCCCUUUUUUUAAUUGUGUUUUUUUUUUUGUAUUAUUAUUUUAAAAACAAGACUAUUUUGAUGUGCCCUUUGCUCUUGUUGCUAUAUUUUUAAGAUAUACAGUCAUUGAAAAAGAGAGAAAGAAGACCUACUUUAAGCCAUGUACAGAGAUGUCUCUCGAAAGCGAUCGUCUUCAAGGAACGUUCCGGAAAGUGUGUGCGGGUUCGGGGUGUGCGUGUUGGACCGGGUGUGUGUGUGGAUGACUUAGAAAUGAUUUUAUUGUGCCAAAAACAAACCCUAUUUUUCCUGUUGAGUUUGUUGUUGCUAUUAGGUGCAGAGGGGGGAGGGGGGGGGGGGAGGGAGGGAGGGAGGGGGGGGGGGGGGGGGGAUGCGCGUGCUUUCUUCUCAGGACUAGUGUCGGGAACGUGCUCUGGACUUGAGCUGACUACUGUAAAGAUGGACCAAACUGUAUUUUUGCAUGUUGACCUCCUCUCUGCUCCUGUGAAUGUGUAUCUAUGUUGUAUUUUUUAUGUAUAGGGUCCCUCCUCGCACAUAGCCAGUGGAACAGUGCUCUCUUUUUGUACUACAACAGGAAAAACAUGGAUAGGGGGGGGGGGGUGUUGGCGAAGCAGACGUGGUUCAUUUUCCAUUCAACCAAUUCAGGGAUUCGAUUUUUUCUUGCUCUUUUUCUCUGCUAGCAUCGGUCGGCAGGACUCCAGCCCGGAUACAACAACCCCUGUUUACAAAAAAAAUAAAAAGCAAGCACCACAUUCAACAUAUUGUAAAUGCCUACAUUUCCUUACAUACACUAGCUCAACUGUACAUGACGUCGUGCAUCUUUGAAUUGGUUUAAUAGAAAGUGACUGGACCUGUUCACCAGAAGGUGGGCUUCAUGCAGACAGUAGUGGGCCAAGUCUUGUGAAUGUUUACUGCAGUUUCUAAAAAAAGGACAACGUAAGUGCAUGCCAAAUUGUAUUUUGAUGAUGUGCCUUUCUCUAUUAAAUUUGUAAUUAAUAUUUCUAUUUUGCUUUGGGUAAAAAAUGUAAAAUAUAAAUACAGUAUGGCCAUUAACAAA